AUGAGACAUACCUUCCAGCUGUUGUGGCUCUUAGUCAGUCUUAAAUGUUCCACCUCUGAAGAGUCAACAAGCCAAAGGACUGCUAUGGUAACAUGUUCAGACUGUCAUUCCAAUGCUACGUGUGUGGAAAAUGGAAAUCUGCGCCAUUGCAUCUGUCAAGAUGGAUUCACUGGAGAUGGUGCCACUUGCUCCGACAUAGAUGAGUGUUCCAGUAGUGAUUUAAAUCGUUGUCACACUUUAGCAACCUGCAUUAACAAUCCGGGCAACUAUUCCUGUUCUUGUCCCAAGGGCUACAAGGGCAAUGGCUACCACUGUGAAGCUGCCAACGCUUUUGCUGAAGAAUGCUUUCGAAUCAACGGAUCCCGCAGUUGCACUGAUCCAUGCUUGAGUCACACAGUUCUGGAUCAAUCCUGGAGAAGCACUUCUUAUGGAUCAGGAUCCAACUGUGACAGUGAUAAAAUAGGAUGGUAUCGGUUCAUAGGCCGUGGAGGAGUGCGUAUGCCAGACGCUUGUGUACCAGUACAGAGGUGCAAUACUGUCGCACCUAUGUGGCUAAAUGGCUCACAUCCCACAAGUGAUGUUGGAAUAGUAAGCCGCAUUGCUUGUGCCCAUUGGCAAGGAUCCUGUUGCUACUGGUCCAUCCCUGUCCAGGUGAAAGCUUGUGUCGGUGGUUAUUAUGUCUAUAAGUUUGAUGGGACACCAGCCUGUUACAUGUCUUAUUGCACAGAUCCCCAGGCCAUUGAGAAUCCAUGUCCCCAAUGCAACGCAGAAGAAGAAUGCAAGCUGGUGAAUGGAGAAUGGGGUUGCUAUUGUAGUGAAGCGUUCAACAGCUCUGAUAUUUCCAGCUUGAAGCCACAACUGGAAUGUGGUGCAGAUGAAAUCAAAGUCUCUUUCGAAAGAUGUGUCCUGAAUAAAAUGGGAAUACGUGAUGCGAUCAUGUAUUUGAGAGACCACAAAUGUGCUGGUUUCGAAGAGAAGCAAAAUAAGACGAUGGUCUCAGUGGUGACUCCAACGCAAGCAGGCCAAUGUGGGACACAACUGACGAAAAACGAAACCCAUGCUACAUAUAGUAACACACUAUAUCUGGCAGAUGGGGCUGUCAUUAGGGAGGAUGAAAUCAAAAUUAAUUUUCACUGCUCAUACCCGCUGGAUAUGGAAAUCAGCCUCGGAACAGCCAUCCAGCCCAUUGUCCGUUCGAUUAACAUCAGCGCCGGGGCUUCAGGGCAUUUUAUAGUUAAGAUGGCUCUCUACCGAGAUCAAAAUUACACUUCACCCUAUGAGGGGCCAAAGGCCAUAUUAUCCACACAGUCCUGGCUGUAUGUUGGCGUCAUGAUCACAGAGGGAGACACAUCUCAGUUCGCCUUAAGGAUGGACAAUUGUUUUGCGACGCCUACAGCAAAUGCCACGGAUCCUCGGAAAUAUUACAUCAUUCAAAACAGCUGUCCAGAGACACAAGAUUCGACAAUAACAGUGCCAGAAAAUGGAGUUGGACCUCAAGGACAGUUUUCUCUUCAAGUAUUCAAGUUUGUUGGGAAUCAUGACCUUGUUUAUCUCCACUGUGAAGUUCGGCUUUGUGACAGUAGCACCGAAGCCUGCAAACCAAGUUGCCCUAGAAUUGGAAGCCGCCGGGCUGUUGAUGUGGGGACAGGAAACAUCUUGAAUUUGGGUCCCAUUGUCCGCAAAGGUUUUGGAUUUCAGUCUGGAUCUGCUGCUGCUUUUCAUGGGUUGCAAGGAGCAUGGAUUACUGUGCUGAUAACUGCUGUGGUGUGCUUCUCUCUGCAUGCAUUGACCUAAAAGAAAACCAGAACUGUUCACUCCGCUGAAGAAAUAAGUGGAUGAAGAGAAUAUGAUGACCGCUGUACUACCUUCCUUUUUUUUCCUUUUUAAAAAUGUUGGUGAGGGAUCUAGAGCAAUACGCCUUUCUUAGAUUUGUUCACUCUUGUGGUCUAGUAUUCCUGCUAGUUUGCCUUUAGGACCAGCUCUAAACCAAAGGUGGCCCAUACACAAAAGGUGAUUUCCAUGUAUUUCUGGGAGAUAUCACUGCCUACUAGCUAUAUGCCCAUGUGUUACCUAGUAUCACUUGUAGUAACUCCAAUUGUUAUUCCGACUUAGAGUAGAUUUAUUUACUCGUGGUGUUAACAUAAGUGUUAACUUAACAAUCUGAAUUGCCCUGUUGAGGACUAAGAGUUGGAUUCAGGCCAGAAAAGAAUGCCUCUUGGUAGUUUCUGGGAACGAUCUAUUGCAGUGAUGGUGAACCUUUUAGAGGCCGAGUGCCCAAACUGCAACCCAAAACCCACUUAUUUAUUGCAAAGUGCCAUGUCCCACUGGCUUUCUAGAAACAA